GCAUCCCACUCUUUUAGCUGUGCCUGUUAAGACUAAGUUUGAUUAUGUGGUGACAGACCUAAAUGGAGGGCCUCAACCCCGCUCACCCUUGGAUGAGGAAUACAGAAAGACUGUAUUUAAGGGUGGUGUAAUAGCAGGACAGUUGACACACGUGGGGAUGCAGCAGACAUUUGCCCUGGGGGAAAGGCUGAGGAGAAACUAUAUGGAAGAAGUCAACUUUCUUUCACCAACAUUUAAGCCUGCUGAGGUCUUCGCCCGCUCCACUAAUAUUUUCCGGAAUCUGGAGUCCACACGGUGCCUGCUAGCUGGGCUGUACCAACAGCGUAAAGAAGGACCUGUUGUCAUUGUCACUGAUGAAGCAAGCUCUGAAAUGCUCUACCCCAAUUACCACAACUGCCAGCGCCUGAAAUACUUGACCAGGAUUAGGUCGGAGAAUGCCAAGCAGCAGCCGGGUAUCUCAGAUGACUUGAAAAAAAUUAAGAAGAGGAUGGGUAUUGAUGAUGAUGAGCCCGUGGAUUUCUUUGUCCUCCUCGAUAACAUUUUUGCUGAGCGGGUGCACAAUAUUCCAAGCUGCCCUGUGCUGAAGAGCUUCCAGCAGACAGUGGAGCGCCGAUCUGUUGACUCCAUGGUUUUCCUUCUGGAAGACAGAGAAGUUCUUCAGAUGAAUGUUGGCCUCUUGCUCAAUACAUUACAGGAGAACAUUAAAGCAGCAGUAAAUCCCUCAAAUCCAACUGAAAAGGCCAGAAAGCUCUACCUCUACGCUUCUCAUGACUCCACUCUUAUUCCUCUCCUGCUGGCACUGGGCACCUUUGAUCGCAAGUGGCCACCUUAUGCUGCUGAUGUGACCCUGGAACUGUAUCAGCACCGGCGCUCCAAGGAAUGGUUUGUGCGCGUGUCUUACCGUGGAGAGGAGCAAGUGGUGAAAGGCUGUAAAGCAGGUCUCUGCCCACUUGAAGAAUUUCUGGAAGUUGUUUCACAGUACUCACUCACUCCAAAGGAGUACAAUAAGCUGUGUAGCAAAAUGGACAGGAAUCAGAAAACAUGCUCUUGUUGAAGCUGUCUUAAAUUAAAAUUAGUUUAUU